AUGCGCCACCGGGGGGGGGGGGUGCCGGCUGAUGGACCCCUUCAAGUCACCCCUCUGUCUCGUGUGAUGCGACCCCAGAGCCUCGGCCCUGGGGGGGCAGGUGAAGAUAGCGGCGAAGGUCAGUGUAGUUCGCGCGCCGACUGUGGAGAGUUAGGCAGCCAUCUUCUGUUGGGGACGUCACGGCACCCUGCAGGAGGGGGAUCAGGGGUGGCGAGGGACCUGGUGCGUAUGAGGCGCAUUGGGGGGGCAGCUCAGCCUUGUCACCCAGCCGCCCUAGACCUAGAGAGAGCGGAGGACGCUAAAAACACGGGGACUCCAAGCAUAGCUGCCGAUGUAGUGAAAGUCCUGGAGUGCGGUCAAGAUCAUUAUGGAGUGGGAUACGUUGCGGCGGGGGGGUGUUGUCGGGAUGUGGGUUUGGGGGAGGGGGGUACGGGGGACGAAGAAUUAAUGGUGGGCGUGUGGUUUUUAGGUGCAGUCUUAGUUUUGAGGCGUCCUCUGGUGCUGUUGUGCGGCGAAACAGAGUUGUGGCAGCAUGGGCAGCUUCUCGAGUUUCCCGAGACUCACCCUGGCUUCAGAUUUGAUGGCCUCCGGCCCGAACCGCGUCAGGGGGCGGCUUAG